AUGCCCCGGGCUACCCAAAAGCGUGGCGGUGGCGUGACCGACCUCAGUGGUGAUGCCGACCAGCUAGAGUCCAAGGCGAAGCGGCCUGCCCCUGCGGCAAGUCAACCACCCCGACUGAAGCUCCAGCUCCCGUCGCCGUCGUCGCAAGCCGGCACCCAGGAGACAGAGUACCUCGAUCUGACACAGGACGAUGACAACCCGCCAACAGAGCUCUACGGCUACUAUAACAGCAAAAUUAUUGGUGUGCGGUAUUACUCAGGCUAUGCAUCACCCGGAGAGGUGGUUCUUUGCCACAGAGAGCCUCGGAAUCAGUACGACCGCAAUGCGAACUGGGUCGACAAUGUGAUGCAUCAGCAAAUCGGGUACCUGCCUCGAGCGGUCGUCGAAAAGAUUGCUCCGUAUGUGGACUCCGGCGACAUCACCUUAGAGGCGCAGCUCACGGGGGGGAAGGGCAUGGUCGACUGUUCUAUACCUACGUCCCUUCUUUUACGGCCCCAGUCAACCGACUGA